UUAAACCUGGCCAAAUGUUCAGAGACCAGAAUUGGGGGUUAUUUAUCAUUUAAGGGCAUUUCCGGCGGAGAAAUGAAACGAUUGUCAAUCGCGACAGAGCCGACGAGUGGUUUGGACUCAUUUAUGGCCGAAAGUAUUGUACGGCUAUUGAAGGCUAUGGCCUGUGAGGGCCGGACUAUUGUCUGUACAAUACAUCAGCCGUCGUCUCAAGUGUUCGCACUUUUCGACCACUUAUUACUGAUGACCGACGGAAGGGUUGCUUUCAUGGGAACCAAUCGUAACAUGAUUUGUCCGCUGGCCUACAGUCCCAGCGAUUAUUAUAUCAAUCAAUUGGCAAUCACAUCUCAACCAGAAACACGUAUAAAGGCCAAUAGAAUAUGCGAUAAAUUCGUUGACACGGAAUAUAUGGUAGCAAUUCUGGAGGAUAUCAAUCAAACAAAAAUGGACUCGGCUAAGAUUGGUAACAUUUCACCAAUCACAGUUGAUGAAUGCGAUGGAUUAAACAGACCAGGAUUAUGGUUGCAAUUUACCACGCUAAUUAUGCGAUGUUACUUGUUGUCCAUACGUAACACCGCUGAUAUUGUGGCUCAACUGAAUCGCUCAUUGGCGAUGGGAAUAUUUAUUGGCUUAAUAUAUCACAAACAGUAUCCGAUCUCCACUGAUGUGGGCAAUAUUAAUGGCAUAUUAUACAUGUUAAUGGAAAGUUCCAUGUUCUUUGAAAUGUUUGUAUUUAUGGGGAUAUUCCUUGACAACACGGCGUUGUUUUUGCGUGAAUACCAUAAUCGUAUGUAUUCUGUGCUGGCCUACUACCUGUCGCAAAUACUUAUCAGGCUACCCGUAUCGAUGGUAAUGUUACUAAUUUUUGCAAUAAUCGUGUAUUUCAUGGCGGGCCUGAAUCCCGAUCCCCAGGCGUUUGCCAUUUGUAUGGGAAAUAUGCUUCUCUUACUUUUAUGCAGCAGUUUUCUCGCAUGGUCGGUAUGGAUCAAAUAUCUAACAUAUACCCAUUAUUGCUACGAGGCUUUAAUGGUAAACGAAUGGCGAUAUUUAGAUGAUAUACCAUGCUACAAUAAUAGCCAGUCGAUGGGACACUGUUAUGGCAACGGUUCAAAUGUGAUCAUUUCGCAGGGUUUCAACGAGACUCAUAUCCAUUGGGAUUCAUUCGCGUUAAUAGCGAUGGCAAUUGUCUAUUUAGUGCUAGAAUGCGGUCGUGUUAUCAGUAGAGAUGAGUUGACCCGUUAUAUCCACUCCGAGUCAAUAUCCGUCCACUUGAAGGGAAAGUACGAUAAGUCGGUGGUUAUUGUUUGGCCCGUUGUGUCUACCACUGGCCCAGUGCUCACACUUUACCACCGAUCAGAUUAUGAAAGUCUACUCGACAUUUAA